UUGGUUUUGUUGUAUAUAAUGCCAUAUGUAUAUAUACAUCUUACAAAUCGACAGUAAUUUUCAUUUUAUAGACAAGGUAAACUCCAUAGGAAUUACUAAAUCGAAUAGGUUUCCAGAUGACACAGCUUUCUUCCUAUUACUUCUGCUGCCAUUGCUUUUCCUCCUUCUUUGACUUCUCAAUAUUCUUUUAAGUCUCUUUAGAAUUCGUAUUAAAUAUUUCGCAACUUUAACGAAACCUUUGAACUAUUUAAGCCUAUUUCGGACGGAAGGAUACGGCCUGUAUAAUGGUCAAAGGGAGAAUAGACAGGAUAGAAAUAGACGUUGCUUCAUCUUGUAAAGAGGCAAAAAUCCUUAUUCCUUAUAUAUUUCCCUUAAUAAGAAAAAAAACUAUCUUUCUAUUCAUUAAUAUUCAUCAAUUCAUCCGAGAUGAUGCAGUUGUAACCAUUAAUAAGAAUGUAAAAAUAUAUAGGCCUACCGUAAAACCCUUUUUCACUCUUUGGCCUAUAGGCCAAUUCAACACUACCUGCUUCUAAUGGCGGACGAAAUAUCACUCUACAUAAAUUUUAACGAUUCAAGUUACAUAGAGGGUGAAGAAGUUAGCGGAAAUGUAAUAUGUGAAUUAUUAGAUGAUCUCGUCAUAGAAUCCUUAACUUUAGAAUUAUACGGCUAUGCCAAGGUUAAAUGGCCACGACCAGAUUCUUCCCAGAGAUCUCAACCCAGGCAUCCAUUCGUUCUUGAAGAAGACUACCUUAAUCAGAGGCAAAUACUAUACAAACAAGGGGAAAAGGAAAAUGAAAUUUUGGUUCAAUCCGGGACACAUAAAUAUCCCUUUAGAAUUCAAUUACCAAACGUUUUACCUUCAACUUUUUUGGCUGAACACGGCGGAAUAGAAUAUUGGGCGAGGGUAAAGCUUGAAAGGCCUUGGAAGCAUAAUCAUACUGUUAAAAAGAGAAUUACAAUAACGAGUGUUGUUGACUUGAAUUCUCUGCCAAAAAUGAUGACACCAGUUGAAUUGAAUAGUGAGGAGCAUCAAACUGUCAUGUGUUGUACACUAGGACAGAUUGUUUGUAGUUGGUAUUUAGAACGGAUUGGCUAUCUCCCGGGUGAGACAAUACAUUUCAAAGGUGAAGUUAAGAAUAAUAGCGGCAGAAGUACUAAACGGUCUAAAGUAGUUUUAAUGCAAAAUGUCAGGUAUUACGACCAGUCUGGAAAGACCUUCCAUGAAAGAAAGACACUGGCUAUGGUUAGCAAAGGUCAAGUAAGAGCUAGAUCUACUGAUAGAUGGAAAGAGAAAAUUAAAAUCCCAUUGGAUUUACCACCAACUGGAUUAAAAUCUUGCAGUCUGAUAGAUUUAUAUUAUACUCUUAAGUUUAAAGUUACUGUGAACAGAGUGCAAAAGAUUACAACAAAUACUGAUAUUGUUAUAGGAACUAUCGGACUAAAUCAAGAAUCUCCAUUUUCGGCUGAAGAUAGUCCCGCGGAACCGGAAGUGGUUGACAUAUCCUAUUUUGUCUAA